AUGCGGUUUGUAUUCUUUUGCUGUGCCCUUAUCUGCUGUUUCGAUCUUGUUUUUUUCGUUGCAGCUUCAAAAGCGAGAAGACCAUAUCAGUUCUCUGGUAAGAUAACUGUCAAAGCGAAAGAAAAGAGUUACUCCAAGCUUGAAAUCCCUUACCAGGCAGAAGUUCUCGAUGGCUACCUGGGCUUCGACCACACAGCCACAUUGUUCCACAUCAGGGACAGUCCCGUCGACCCAGUGGACAGACCCAUCUUCCUCACAAAUGCCUUCAGCUUUGCAAUCCGAAUACACAAUGUGUCCCUGCCCGAAGAGGCCAAAACCAUGUUUAACGUGCAGAACUUCAGCGCACCCAUCCUCAUUCCCCCACAUGAGUCGCGUUACAUCUUCUCCCUCCUCUUUCGGCCAGUUCGGCCCUCCAUUCACAUCGACAGCAACAUCCUGCUCAUCACAAACGCAUCCAAGUUCCACCUGCCCGUCCGGGCCUACACAGGCUUCCUGGAG